AUGCGAGGUCAUGAUCUCAUCACCCAUGAUCCAGUUGUGCAGCGUUGGCCUGGCGUACCACUCAACCGCUGUUCCGAAAAUAUCCGCAAAGCCCUCAUUCAAAGCAUCUGCUUCGCCCCCGUUCAAUUGCCCCGUAUAUUGCACCACACCAUGUGUGAUCUCAUGACCGCACACAUCCAGGCCCGUCAUUUCGGUAAACCCCUGUGCCACGUCGCCAUCGCCGUAGGUCAUGCGUUGCCCGUCCCAGAAAGCAUUUACAAAAUCCACAUCAAAAUGUACAUAGCUCAGCAGCUUAUAGCCAUUGUCAUCGAUGCUGUUCCGGUUGAAGCUGCUAUGGUAAAAAUCGUAGGUCAUUUCCGCGCCCCAGUGAGCAUCGGUAGCAACCCGGUCGGGGUCAUGGUGUGA